AUGACAGGGAAUUAUAAACAAAUUUACGAAACUAAAGGAGACUAUGACGUGAUUAUUUAUGCCGGUGAAGAGCCUAAUACCAAAGAAAUCCAUGCUCAUUCUUUUGUUCUUCGUAACAAAUCUGCCUAUUUUCGUGGAGCUUUUACUUCUGGUUGGGCAGUAAAAGAUCAAAAUAGUGGUUGCUUUACCUUUAAAAAACCUAAUAUUUCACCAUCAAUUUUUGAAAUUAUUCUUAAAUUUUUAUAUUGUGGUGAUGUAGAAAUUAAAGAUUUAAAAGGAGAAACGAUCUUAGAGCUUUUAGUCGCCUCUGAUGAAUUUGGUCUUACAACACUUAUUGACCAUGUUCAACAAUAUUUUAUCGAAAAUCAAAAAAACUUUUUACAAAAAGAUCCUGUAGGCAUGCUUCAUAUUGCUUCACUUCAUGAAGCUUUUAACAAAAUUGAAGAGUUUUCUUUAGAAUUUAUUUGUGAAAAUCCAGAGAUUUUAUUUGAUUCAAAUAACAAGUAUCUUUCAUUAGAAGAAAAUAUAUUAAUAAUGAUUCUUAAACAUGAUGGACUUGAUAUGGAUGAAAUUGAAAUCUGGAAACGAGUAGUAAAAUGGGGAAUUUCACAGAAUACGGGACUUAAGGAUGAUGUUACUAAAUUCAACCAGGAAGAUUUUGAAUUAUUGGAGAAAACAUUACGAAGAUGUAUUCAAUAUAUUAGAUUUCAUGAUAUAAGUAUGCCCGAUUUUUAUCAAAAUGUAUUACCGUAUUUUUCUAUCCUUCCAAAAAACCUAUAUGAUGACAUUUUACGCUGUUAUAUGGCUCCAUAUGCAGUACCUCUUUAUAAUGCAUUUCCUUCCAGGUUUGAUUGGGAUAUGAGCAAUCAAAAUAAGCAUUCAUCCGAUAGUUUUAUAUUUUCAUUUCUUGAUUCUAAUAAUGUGUCAAAUAAUAUAUUAGGUCGCAUUUCUUCUUCUUAUACAAGCGAUGCAAUUCGGUGUUUUAGUAAUAGAGGGCCAGAUUUUGGUGACUUAUAUAUUAACGGGAAUUAUGUAUUUACUAGUUUUAAUGGAUAUUACAACGGCGGUAACAGAUGUUACAACUGCGGUAACAACUGCGCUGGUCAUCCAAGCAUACUAGGUUAUGGAGUAAAUCAAAUACAAAUUGAAAAUUAUGAAGUGUUUCAAGUUAUUAAAAAAUGA